AGACCUCCCUCCCUCCACUCGGCGGCGACUUGUUCCUCCCACGCCACGAACCAAAAAUAUAUAAUACUCCGAAAAAGAGAGAGACAGAAGAAGAAGAAGCGGCUCUCGAGAUCUCGCCGGCGAGAGGGACGGAGAUCUGAAGAAGAGGAGAGAGAGAUGCACGACUUCUGCUUCACGCUCCCCUACGGCUUCGCCGUCCUGGUCGGCGGCGUGCUGGGCUACGCCCGCCGCGGCAGCACCGCCUCCCUGGCCGGCGGCGCCGGCGCCGGCGCGCUCCUCCUCCUCGCCGGCUUCGUCAGCCUCAAGGCCUUCGAGAAGCGCCGCAACUCCUACCUCGCCUUCGCCCUCGAGACCCUAUGUGCACUGGCUUUGACUUAUGUUAUGGGGCAGAGAUACCUUGAGACUUCGAAGAUAAUGCCAGCUGGUGUCGUUGCUGGCUUAAGUGCUUUGAUGUCUGCAUUCUACCUAUUCAAAAUUGCAACUGGUGGCAACCAUAUCCCACCAAAGAAAGAGUGAACCAGGCGUUUCUUGUAAAGUAUGUUUUGUCAUACUCUAAGACUACGACAGAUUGUAUUGUGGAGUUUAAAUGUAUGUCCAGUAAUCAGCAAAGUCUUUUUUUCGCCUGUAAUUCUUUAGAUUGUACUUCUGAUGUCUGAACAAUGUAAAAGAAAUAAAGAUUUAACUGCUUACGUACGUGUAUGUGAUGUCCUCUGAUCCUUUUU